CUUACUUAAGUGCCAUGGUAAGGUUAUUGGGUCAUAUAAAACCGACACUGAUUUUGAGGGAUCGCAUUGAAGGGUCUGGCAUACUCAGAAUGAAGCCGAAGCACGCGCAUAUGGAAGAUUUUUCCUUCCCCGCAUCUGCAGGCAUUCUGCAUCGAGAUAGGUCAAUUAACAUUAUCCGAUGUUUUCCCGGUACUGAACUAGCUUGCACUGACACCAAUCGACACGUCAAUUGAGUCAAUCCUCGGGUUGAUACGAAACCGCCAUUUGCCGUGAUGAGUUCAUGACUUUCCCGCAUGCGGUCACCCGCCACCAUAGCCUUCCCAGUAUUCAUUUAUAUUCCCUGCCAGAGCACCGAAUAUUCAUCCACUUCCGGCAUCAGACUCUUCCUGCUAGAAUCCUAAUAUGGCAUCAUUUCCCACUAUCGCCUUCGUGCCGGGCGCAUGGCACAGCCCGGAAUGUUAUCGCAGAGUGAUCGACCAACUCGAAGCUGCGGGGUACGAGACGGACCUCGUUCAUCUUCCUUCCGUGGGACCAACCCAGCACUUGCCAGACUUGUCUGCCGAUGUGGACCAAAUACGAAGCCAUCUAGAGCGUCUAGUAGAUGCCGGCAAGAAGGUCGUGCUCGUGGUACACUCUUACGGAGGAGUGCCUUCAAGCGAAGCCGUCAAAGGGCUUGACUGCGGCAGCCGGCAGAGUAACGGCCAAGAAGGCGGAGUCGCUCAUAUAUUCUUCUGCUGCUCGUUUAUCAUUCCUGAAGGGAAAUCUAUCAUCGGCGCCUUCGGGGGAAACGACUUGCCGUGGUUCAAAGUCUCUGCGGAUCGCCUGGAAAUCAACCCAGACAGACCAGACGAGGUUUUCUACAAUGACGUGCCGGAAGAAGAUGCUCAGGCGGCAGUCAAAUCUUUACGUCCGCACAGUUAUCAGACCUUAGUCAGCCCAUGCACAUAUGCUGCCUGGAAAGAAGUUCCCAGUACCUACCUCUACUGUGCCAAGGAUAAUGCUAUCCCUUUAGAAAUCCAGAAAAUGAUGGUGGAGGACUGGGCGGCAGGUUAUCCCAUCCGCACAGAGUUCCUCGACGCCUCACAUAGUCCUUUCCUCUCGAAGCCAACUGAAGUAACAACGGCGAUCAGAAGGGCAGCUGGGGAAGAGAUCUGAUCAUGAAAAGGAUAUGUGACGUGGCCUUAUAUACACCUGGUGCCAUCCACGUGGACCGGAAUACUAGUGUCACCAAUGGCGGUUCUUCAAUGUAUAUAGAGACUAAUGCAGGCUACACAAAUCCUCAAUACUGAUGAUCUCAGAGAUAUUCCAAGGUGACAUGGCAUGUCAUGGCUUUUGAUUGAGAAUUUGGCAACAUCCGACCAGGAACAAAAACUCACCUGAAAUCGCUAUUUCGAUAAUUCUCAGUGU